GUACAAGGGGCGGGUGUGUGCAGUCGAAACGGAAAAGUUUUUAGACGCCCAAAGAAAAAGACAGCUGCAGUUAGGAGAAAUGAUUGCGUCUAGUUUCAGGGAUUGUCAGGCUUGGAGGGCAGAGGGUCUACCAUUGUCCACAUCCAGCAAUGAGGCCUGCAAAAUGUAUGAUGCUAUACUCACUCAGUAUGUAACCUGGCGCAAUGAUGAGACCCUUGGAGGAAUCGAGGGAUGCAUCUCUGCAGUCAAGUCGGCUGACCCGGACUUUGUGAUGGGUCAUGUGAUAAGCACGGGGCUGGAGCUGGUGGGGACGGGGAGUUCGGUGCGUCUGAAUGAGCGCCUGGCCAGCGCGGUGAAGAGGACCGUAGAGCUCAGCCAGAUCCAGCAGGACAUUACCACCAGGGAGAGGCUGCACGUCAGGGCCAUGGAGCACUUCUCCAAGGGGAGUUUCCCUAAGGCAUGUGACGUGUGGGAGGAGAUCCUGGUGGAACAUCCUACUGACCUGCUCGCCCUGAAGUUUGCCCACGACGGCUUCUUCUACCUGGGGGCCCAGACCCAGAUGAGAGACUCUGUGGCCCGGGUGCUGCCUCACUGGAAGCCCCACAUGCCUCUCUAUAGCUACCUAAAAGGCUUAUAUUCCUUUGGACUUCUGGAGACUCAUUUUUAUGACCAGGCUGAGAAAAUGGCUAAAGAGGGCCUGGCUCUGACCCCGGAGGAUGCUUGGUGUGUCCACUCUGUAGCCCACGUCCACGAGAUGAAGGCAGAGGUGGAAAAGGGCCUCAAGUUCAUGGAGAGCACAGAGAAAGACUGGGCGGGAUGUGACAUGCUAGCCUGUCAUAACUACUGGCAUUGGGCCCUAUACUUCAUCGAGAAGGGAGAGUAUGAUGCAGCUCUGAACAUAUUCGACAGCCAGGUGUCUCGGCGCGGUAGGGCUUCAGGGGCCAUGUUGGACACUGUGGACGCCUGCUCUCUACUCUACAGGCUGGAGAUGGAGGGUGUGUGUGUGAAAGACCGCUGGCGGGAGCUGCAGCAGCUCACAGAGCCCCACACUGACGACCAUGUGCUGUUGUUCAACGACCUCCACUUCCUCAUGUCGUCGCUGGGAGCCAAGGAGUCCGGGGGAGCGGCCCAGUCCCAGCGCCUGCUGGAGGGCCUCCGGGAGCGGGCCAAUGUUCCAGAGGAGAACUACCAGCACCAGCUGGCUGGCAGCGUGGGGCUGCCCAUGUGUCAGGCCCUGCUGGAGUACGACCAAGGCAACUACAGCCGCGCCGUGGAGCUCCUGCAGCCCAUACGCUACCGCAUGAUGGAGAUAGGAGGCAGUGAUGCGCAGAGAGAUGUCUUUAAUCUGGUGCUGAUUCACGCAGCCAUGAAGUCAGGAGAGACACAUCACCAGACAUUAGCCAGAACUCUCCUUUGUCUUGUGUUGUGCUGUCCUCCUGGAGAUGUCUGUUGGUGGAGCGAGAGGCAGCCAGGCCCAACUCUCCCCUCACUGACCGGCUGAUCCAGAGAGCCCAUGUCCUGCAUGCCUAGCCUGGGCACAGAGGGCCUAAAGCUGGAUGUCACGGGGUCUGGACCAGGGGCUACUGCAGAGGUACCCUAUCCAAAUUGACUGGAUGUUUGGCUGAAGAAUAUGGCCUUUACCUAAUAAAAAUGAUCAUCUGUGUAAUCAUCAUGGUCCAUUAUCAAAAUGUUCAAUAUCCAGUGAUGUUUUCUAUAACUGUGAAAAUGUUAUGAUUAAUUGAAUGUUGUUCUGUAACACUGUAAAUGUAUGUCAUAAAACAAAUGUUAUUAGCAAACACACUUUGAAAUAUAAUACAUCAUUUUCAGAAUAUAAAAUCCUCAU